AAUGGAAUUUAGUUGGUGCUCGUCACAGUGCUCGCUUCCCGAAUGACCGUAUGAUACGAUCUGAAUUGUGUCCGCGUCCUUCAAGUGAUUGUGAAAUAAGUUUACAACAAACUUUCAAAGUUGAAAAGCUUAAAAAUGUGUAUUAUAGAGAAAAUAAAUAUGUGUUUAAAAAUAGUAAAACUUUAUUAAAUUCGUUUUUACAAAUCAGUAACAUUUGAAAUGACUAAGUUGAAUAAACUUGUGAAUGCUUACUUUUCCAGUUUGGUUUCUUUCAAAUAAAUCUUAAUCGUACAGGUGGUAAUUGAAUGUUGUGGUAUUUGAAAUCCUAGCAACCAAAUCAAAAUGAAUUUAAAUAUAAAUUAUACUAAGAACUUAGUUUUGAAGAAAAUUUUGUCUAAAUAAAAAUGUAAAGACAUUGCAAUUGAAGUGAAAAAAUUACGUGUCAUGGAAGAGUUGGAGCGGUUGGUCAAAAUGUUUCAAUACAAGGUUUUUGGAACUUUUGUGUUGUUUAUUGCUUGUAUAGUGCAGAAUACAUUAUCUAUAGAUAAUACAGUACAAAUGCAGCCACCACGGUUCAGCAUGCAGCCAUCAUCAUCAAAUAGUAUAGUGAGAGAAGGCACAACAAAAAUUUUACAAUGCUCAGCAAUAGGAAUACCUCAACCUAUGUAUCGGUGGUUAAAAAAUGGCGUGCCGCUUGGCGAUUACUCUUCCGAAAUAUUUUAUAAGAUACACAAUACACAACGACAAGACGCUGGAGCUUACCAGUGUAUCGCCAAGAACGAUGUCGGUGCAAUUUUCAGCGAAAAGAAUAACAUUGUUGUCGCUUAUAUGGGCGUAUUCGAAAAUGUUUCUGAGCAAAUAGUGACUGCGGAAUCGGGAAGAGCCGUUAUAUUAGAUUUUCCACAUAUAGAGUCGGAACCUUCACCGUCAGUGAUCUGGCAAGAUGAAAAUGGAGCUUUACGCUAUGAUCAAAAAUAUGCAAUUACUAAUAAACACCAGUUAGUUAUACUAUGCGCUUCACAAGAAGAUGAACGAGCUUAUAGAGUUAGAGCUAUUAAUACUCAACUUGGCAAGGAAGAAAAUAGUCCCUAUAUAACGUUAAACGUAUUUGGAGACGAUAGUAAGGAAAUUCCACCUGAAAUCAUUAUUAAACCACAGGACACUAAAAUAACCAAAGGUCAAGAAUAUACAAACUUAUAUUGCGUAGCUAAUGCUAGACCCCUUCACGAGCUAGAAACUUUGUGGUUCAAAGAUGGAAUUAUGAUUGAUUUAGCCGGAAUCACAUUUGACUUAAAUGACCAGUGGAACAGAACUCUUAGUCUUAUAUCUGCUAAUCUGACGCACACGGGCCAGUACAUGUGUCAAGCGCGGCUUAAAUCGGGAGGAUUUGCCACAGUGUCGGCCUCAGCAACUGUUACAGUUUACGAGAAACCUGUUUUCUUAACUAAUUUAAAAUCAGAAACUUUCGGCGAAUUUGGAAGUAUUAUAGUAUUAGAAUGCAAUGUUCAAGGCAUUCCUAUACCUAGCAUAACUUGGUAUAAGGAUGCUAAAAAGAUAGCUAGUGUGGGUGUCGAGGCAGCCAAUAGUGACAAUAGCGAUGUAGACGACAACGGCGGCAGAUACAGGGUGGAGCUGGAUCGUUCUCUUGUUAUCAGAGACCUAAGAAUGGAAGACAUGGGAAUAUACCAGUGCAUCGCCAACAACGAGGCGGGAGAAUCAUCUAUUUACACUUGGUUAAAAAUUAAAACAAAGGAAACUAGGCGACUUCCACGCAGUCACAUGAAGUUAAUACGAAUGAGGACGACAGAUAAAAAGGCAAAAACGUUCAAAUUUGAUACCGGCACGUCCCCGCCAGUAAUGCAGAGCCCUCCAGCCAACCUGACUGUACUUGAUGGGAAAGACGCCACAAUUGCUUGUAGAGCCGUCGGUGCCCCGACUCCCAACGUCACCUGGUAUUUCAAUGAUUCCCUUAUUAUAAACUUAUCGGGAAGAUUGCAAGCAUUAGAAGAAGGUGAUCUAUUAAUUACUGGAACUACUACCGCGGACACUGGAAAAUACACGUGCCUCCGGUCAAAUGACGCUGGCAACGUUUCUGGAGAAGCUUAUCUCACUGUACUAGUAAGAACGCAAAUAAUAGCUCCGCCGGUGGACACGCGGGUUCUACUUGGUCAUACCGCUACCUUACAAUGCAAGGUUUCCAAUGAUCCCAAUGUGAAAUAUAAUAUCGAUUGGUUUCACAAUAAACAGCCUAUGACUGUCGGAACCCGGGUGUGGGUCGCAGCGGACGGCGCGCUGCAAGUGCAGGCUGUACGUGCCAGCGACGCGGGCGAGUACACUUGUGUGGUGACGUCACCGGGCGGUAACCACACGCGCCACGCCACACUGUCCGUCAUCGAGUUGCCUUUUGCACCCACCAAUGUCCGCGCUUCUAAGCUCGAGGAAGCUUCCCAAAGAGCUGUCAACGUCUCCUGGACACCAGGCUUCGACGGAAAUUCACCUAUUCAGAAAUUCAUAGUCCAGAAACGUGUUGUACCCGAAUUUGGUCCUACGCCGGAUCCGUUAUUGAAUUGGGUAACGGAACCCGUAAAUGUGUCUGCGUCCCAACGCUGGAUUCUAUUGACCAGUUUGAAGGCGGCUACGUCGUAUCAGUUCAGGGUGUCCGCCGUGAACACCGUCGGAGAAGGGCCUGCCUCCGACCCUACUGAUGUUUUGACACUACCCCAAGAAGCACCAUCAGGCCCCCCUGUGGGUUUCAUGGGAUCAGCGCGCUCUUCGUCCGAAAUAAUAACACAAUGGCAGCCACCUCUUGAAGAGCAUAGAAAUGGUCACAUACUGGGCUACGUCAUCAGAUAUAGACUCCGCGGCUACGAUAAUAGCCCAUGGACUUACCAGAAUAUCACAAAUGAAGCACAAAGAAACUAUCUAAUACAAGACCUUAUUACAUGGAAAGACUAUAAUGUGCAAAUUGCUGCUUACAACGAUAAAGGCGUAGGAGUCUUUUCAGACAGCUAUACUAUUAAAACUAAGGAAGGUGUACCCGAAGCACCACCAGAUAAUGUCCGGUGCGAACCUUUCAACUCAACGGCUAUCACUGUGUGGUGGACACCGCCUAACCCACAGAAAAUCAACGGUAUUAAUCAGGGUUAUAAAAUCCAAGCAUGGAGAUGGAGUGAUGAAGAGAACAUGAAUGUGGAACAUAAACUUGUAAGCAUUCCGCCAAAUCUGCUGGACCCUCUUACCAAGCAAUCUGCUGUCAUAGGCGGGCUAGACAAAUUCACAGAUUACAACAUAUCAGUUCUGUGUUUCACUGAGCCCGGCGAUGGACCUCGCAGUGAUUAUGUUUUAAUCAGAACCAAAGAAGACACACCAGAUGAAGUAGGUAGUCUACAAUUCGAUGACAUAUCAGAUCGCGCAGUACGCGUCUCAUGGACUCCACCCAAAAAAUCAAAUGGAAUUCUAAUUGGUUACAAACUGUCUUACCAAAUAAAAGACGAUGAUAAUUCAUUUAAAGAGGAGACACUGCCACCUAAUAUCACCAGUAUUAAAAUCGAACACUUACAGGCCAGCACGCACUACCUACUGACACUGCGUGCGCUCACAGCAGUAGGGGAGGGCGGCGCUCGCUCAGCCACCAUACAGUCAGGUGUGGAGCCGGUACUACCGCACGCACCGCGCAACCUCGCGCUAUCCAACAUACAGGCCUUCUCUGUACUACUGCAGUUCACGCCCGGCUUCGACGGCAACUCCUCCAUAUCCAUGUGGACCGUUCAGGCCCAAACAGCACGCAACUCAUCCUGGGUGACAGUAUACGAGGUGAACGCGCCGGAUGCGCAGUCAAUUCUGGUGAGCGGCCUGGUGCCGUUCACGACGUACCGGCUGCGGCUGAUUGCAACCAACGUGGUAGGCUCGUCGCCGCCCUCGGAGCCGUGCAAAGAGUUCCAAACCAUACAAGCGCCGCCGCAACACCCGCCGCGCAACGUCACCGUGCGCGCCGUCAGCGCCGAUAUGCUGCGCGUGCGCUGGAUUCCUUUACAACAAAGUGAAUGGUAUGGUAAUCCUAAAGGUUACAAUAUCACAUACAAACGAAGCGGGACCAACGAAACAUUAAAUAUCAUCAUUGAGGACCAUACAGCCAACUCGCACGUCCUCUCCGACCUCGAGGAGUGGUCGCUUUACGAAAUUCAAAUGACUGCAAUCAAUGAAGUUGGGACAUCGACAGAGAGUCCGAUAGCUACAGAAAGGACAAGAGAAGCUGUGCCAUCCAGUGGUCCAACGGACGUAUCAGCUAAUGCCACCUCAUCUACCACUGUGGUCGUUCUUUGGGGAGACAUUGCAGUACAAGACCAAAAUGGUUUAAUUGAGGGAUACAAAGUAUGCUACGCGGCGAUUGUACCUCCACCACGGCCCGAAAACCAGAAUGUGGAAUGCCAAGCUAUACCAUCUAAUCAGACGCACACUAUAACAUUGACGGAACUCAGAAAAUAUGUUGUGUAUCAAAUACAAGUAUUAGGAUAUACGAGAUUGGGAGACGGCGUUUUAAGCGAUCCGCCCGUCACUGUAAGGACUUUUGACGACACUCCUGGGCCACCAUCAAAUGUUUCAUUUCCUGAUGUCACAUUCACAACUGCUCGUAUAAUUUGGGAUGUACCAGAAGAUCCUAACGGUGAAAUAUUGGCAUAUAAGGUCACUUAUCAUCUCAAUAAUACAUCACAGCACACAUUCUCCAGGGAGUUUCUGCCGUCGGAUCGAACAUUCCGGGCGACGGAGCUGUCGUCGGAGCGGUACUACGUGUUCUCGGUGAGGGCGCAGACGCGGCUGGGCUGGGGCGCGACGGCGCGCGCGCUCGUGCUGACGACCAGCAACCGCGCCGCGCCCGCGCCGCCCGCCCGCCCACACGUCGCACGUUCACUGCUGCAGCCGCACCACAUCACCUUCUCGUGGACGCCCGGCGACGACGGCUACGCGCCGCUCAGAUAUUAUACUGUGCAACAAAAAGAAGAAGGAGGAACGUGGCAAACGAUUCCAGAACGGGUAGAUCCGUUCGCUACUUCUUAUACGGCCGAAGGUCUAAAACCAUAUACUGCCUACCAGUUUAGAAUAAGAGCAACUAAUGACAUAGGACCUAGCCGUUUCAGCAAUGCAACAGAAACCAUUCGCACUCUCCCUGCGGCGCCAAGCAAAGCUGUGGAGAACCUGCACGUGGUGCCGAUAACGCCGAGCAGCGUGCGCGUGCAGUGGAGCCCGCUGGGCGAGCCGCACUGGAGCGGCGACGCGCGCACCGGCGGCUACCGCGUGCUCUACCAGCCGCUCACCGACUUCGUGCCCGCCCUGCACCACACCAUGAAGCUGGACGUGCCCGGCAUCAAGAGCGAGGAGGUGGUGCUGACGGAGCUGGCGGUGGACCGCAACUACGAGAUCAGCGUGUGCGCGGUGAACUCGCAGGGCACGGGCCCGGGCGGCACGCCAGCCGUAGUGUGGGUGGGCGAGGCCGUGCCUACCGCGCCGCCGCGCCACGUGAAUGCCGCCGCGCUCUCGCCCACCGAGGUGGCGGUCACCUGGCAACCGCCGCUGCACGCGCACCAGAACGGCGACCUGCUUGGCUAUAAGAUAUUCUAUCUGAUGACGGAUUCCCCGGAAGAACCGGAACCUGGUCGUCGGGUUGAAGAAGAAACUGAAGUAGUCCCGGCGACUGCUACGUCACAUUCUCUAGUUUUCCUCGACAAAUAUACUCAGUAUCGUAUUCAGGUGUUGGCAUUUAAUCCAGCCGGUGAUGGACCUCGGUCGAGUGCGAUCUCAGUACGUACCCACCAAGGAUUACCGUCGGCACCGCGCAACAUCACCUUCAGUGAUAUAACGAUGAACAGUCUCGUUGUAUCCUGGGAAGCGCCGCAUCGUCGUAAUGGACUUAUACAGUCUUAUCUGGUCACAUAUGAGACAAUAGAACAAGAUGAACGGUUCAGCAAGCAAGUGAAGCAGAAGGUGACGGAGCGGCGGCUAGCGGUGGGCGGGCUGGAGGAGGAGGUGGAGUACCGGUUCAGCGUGCGCGCGGCGACGGAGGGCGUGGGCGCGGGCGCCGCGGCCGAGGCGCGCGUGCGCACCGGCCCGCAGCCCGGCUCGCCCGCCCCACCGCGCCGCCUGCGGCUCGCGCCCGACCCCGCCGCGCUGCACCUGCGCUGGGACAACGCCGGCCCCGGCCGCGGCCCGCUGCUCGGCUACUACAUCGAGGCCCGCAAGAAGGACGACACGAGAUGGGAAACCAUAACCCGCACUAGCAACGGCAUGUUAGAAGAAUUCACAAUAUCAUACCAGAGUCUCUUGCCAUCAACCUCGUACUCGUUCCGGGUGAUCGCAUACAACAGCUACGGCAUCAGUAACCCCACAUACAGCGAUAAAGUGAUCGUGACGCCGUCGAAGCUGUACCUUGAGUACGGCUACUUACAGUACCGCCCGUUCUACCGCCGCACUUGGUUUAUGGUGGCGCUGGCUGCCGCAUCCAUUAUCAUCAUAAUCAUGGUGAUAGCCAUUUUAUGCGUUAAGAGCAAGAGUUAUAAAUAUAAAAAAGAAGCACAGAAAACUCUGGAAGAAUCACUUGCCGGCGAGACAGACGAACGGGGCUCGUUGGCGAUGGAUAUGUACCGAUCGCGGCAGAAUUCUGUGGCGAGCACCGGCGUACUGGGCGGAGGUGGCGGCGGCGGCGGCGUUGGUGGCACGCUGCGACGCGGCAAAGCGACUGGCGCCGCGCUAGCCAAGUCACCGCCGCGACCCUCGCCUGCCUCCGUCGCCUACCACAGUGAUGAGGAGAGCCUCCGUGGCUACGACGAGAACCCCGACGAUUCCUCACUCACUGAAAAACCCUCCGAGAUGAGCUCUUCCGACUCACAGAAUUCGGAAAGCGAAAACGAGAGCGUGAAAUCGGAACCACACUCUUUCGUGAAUCAUUACGCGAACGUAAACGACACGUUGCGACAGUCGUGGAAGCGACAACGGCCGUUCCGACAGUACUCUAGUUACACGGACUCGGAACCAGAAGGCAGCGCAGUGGUGAGCCUCAACGGCGGUCAGAUCGUGAUGAAUAAUAUGGCGCGCUCGCGGGCGCCGCUGCCCGGCUUCUCUUCAUUCGUAUGACACGAGCCCUCCGCCGCGCCCGCGGGUUUAUUGCAUAUGUAAUUCUCACUGCCCAUUCCUCUUUAUUUAUUUCAUAUUUCGAAUGUACAUAUCACUUGACAAGCUUUACGAUUACGUAUCAUAUAACUAGUUAUAAAUAUACAUGAAUAAUAAAACAUCAUACAUAUUCAUGUUUGUUUUCAGAGUAACUGUUGAUAUAAGACGUUACUACGACCAAUGUUGGUAGCUUCACGUUUUUAAAUUUUCAGAUCUCGUUAAUUGUUUAUAUUAAGACGUACAGUUGGUAAAUAUAGUUUAUAUGGCAGCUCUUAUGCUUAGUAUAAUAUUAGCUUUACUGUAAGUUAAACUUAUGUUCCACCAAAAUGUACUCAACAUUACGUAAACUUUUAAUAUUAAUUUUUCAAACUAUAAAUGCGCUUAUUCAUGUUAGUACUUAAUAUGCGCAUAAUCAAUAAUCCUUAUCAUUAUUUUUUAAAUACCAUACAAAUAAUAUCAAUCAGUAUUGAUAAAAUAUUUAGCCAUUUUAUUUAAGCUCUUGAUUAUAAGUUUGAAGCUUAUUUUAUGACAAUUUUACGAUGUUUUAUUGUUAUAAUAUACAAUUGACUGAUAGUUAUAGUAAAAAUCAGAUUUAUAGAUGUAAAUAGUUUUAAAAUUUUUCAUAAUGCAAACACAUGCAUUUUAUUCAUAAAAUUGGCACAAUAUUUAAAAAUAAAACUGUGAUCGUAUUAUGCUAUAACAAGAUGCGAAUCUUAAUAUUAUAAGAAUCUGGAUAUUUGUACACCAUUAUUGAUUAAUAUACUUGUACUACUAUACAUAUAUUUAUGUUUUUAGUAUUCUGUUUAUCUGCUUAGAUCGUUUACAAUCGAAGACCGCUGCCUUCACAUUGCGAUUAUUUCAUAUAUUAUGAGGGUACCUACUAUUAUAACAAUAAUAAUAGUGCCACACAAUUACACCCACAGACGGUGAAACGCAAUUACAUUAAACUAAUUCUGUCUCUUCAGUUUUAUUAUAAAAUAUAACUACUUUAUUAUAAAAGUAACUACUGGAGAAUAGUUAAAAACGCUUUGGAUCACCGAUUUAUUAUACUUAAUAAAAUUAUAAUGUGAUUCGCCAUAAUUAAACACUUUAUUCUUCAUCUAUUGCAUUUCAGUAAUAAUUCUUAGCAUAAUUUAAAAUGUUUAUGCACUACAGUGCCUUCAAAUCGCUCGGAUGAUUUUAAUUAUGAAAACAAGACAGAACUUUUAUAACUUUAUCCAUAGACUUACCUUCUACUUAAGUACUACUAGGCCUGGAAGCUAAUAUGGUACAUUAAUUAAUUUGAAUAUUCUAUCAGUGCCAUUAAUAUCUUAUAUUUAUUCCGCCUUAUUAACAAACUCCAGGCUGUACAAGAACCAGAAAUAUACAUAUAAAUAAGUUUACUUUUUCAAUCACAGAUAUAAAGGUAAAAUUAGUGAAACAUUUUAUAUUACAUCAUAAUGACAUUACUUAGACAUAUAUCUUGUGAUUUACUUAAAGUACAGGUACUAUCCUGAAUUUAUGUUACGUACCUACUUACUUAUGUAAUUAAGUAUCUACUGUUAUUUGUUAAUUAGGUUUAUAUUGUAUUAGGCAAUACAUAUAAUAAUACUUCAUUCAAUAAUAAUGAAACAAUCUUCAAACUAAAUUACCCGUGACGUCGAGUGUUGAUUCCUUAAACACACUACAAUGAUAUAUAAUAAUAAUAGUUAUUAUUAUUGAGAUAUUGAAAUAAGUUUUUAAUUUACAAUGACCAGGAUGCACAUUAAUCAAUUUGUAAAUAAAUAUUUUCGUUAUACACUAAAUUCCAUUUUAUUAUAUAAAAGUCUUCAGUAUUUUUCCUUUGCAUAUUCCAUAAGAUCUUUAUCGACAUUCUAUGUAGUAAUUAUCAAUUAGGGACAAGUAGAAAACAAAAUGAGAUUUUCUUUUCUAUUUAGAUUAAAAUAAGGCAGAAAAGUUGUAGAUGUAUUUACCCAUAAAACUACGUAAUAUAAAAAUGCACUGUUUCAUGACUGACAUUCCAAUUUAUAAAUAUAAAGAUUAUGUACUGGUAUUACUUGGGAUAAGCCACAAAAGUCACUCCUUCAUAUAAGCCUACAAACUUACCACACAUAGUACAUUAUAAAGAAAAUGAAAAGUGAUAUAAUAAAAUUUUAAUUUAAAAAUGCAAUUGUAUUUAUAUUAUAAUGGAUUGUAUUGUAUGACCGAGACGAUAAUAGAUGUUGUUAAAAUAUUGUCAAAAAAAAAGAACAAAAAGGUGCCAUUUAUAAAAAAGCAGACUAGAAUCAUCUGUGUGUACUUCUAAACAUUAUAGAUAAAGUUUUUUACAUAAUUUAAAUAAACAAUAUUAUACCUGUAAA